GCCGUAUACGUGAGUAGCGCACAUACUGCCUCGAAGUAACACUGCUUGGACAAGCUUGCAACUCUCUUUAGUCGUAGCAUUCUGCAAUUGUUCUUUGAACAAUGGGCUGCUCACAAUCCAACUUGCCAACGGGGCCUGUGCCUAGUGAUGUAGACGCGUCGACCGUGAACACAAACCCAGUGCUUGAGGACUUUCCCGUCGUUCUUCCUGACAAAGUAGCUGAAAUUCCGGCCAAAGCUGCUGAUGGCCAUUCGAACGACGCCGCCGCCGUCGACGUUUUGGAAACAGAAAACAACGGUGUCCCAACUCAAAUGGAGCCAGCCAAGGCGUACGUGAUUUUAGACGAAGUUGUCUAUGUGAAGGGCGUGGUGCAUUACACGGUGCAAAACCAAUCCGGCCAAACCGUACACAAACGGUACAGCGAAUUCAAGAAGCUCCACGACAGCCUUUGCAAAACUCCCAGCUGCGAAGACAUGCCCCAAGCCGGGGUCUGGACCUCCCUGCAGCGCUCAAACCCAGCGCUGAUCGCCAAUCGUCGCGCGAAAUUCGAAGUAUUGCUUAACACGUGGGCCUCCGACGAUGAAACCAAACAAGUGCUGGCGGCGUUUAUGAAUGCUGCCGCUUAAGUCUUAUAACGUUAUCCAUUUAACCAGUACUAGUACGGGUGCUUUGGAGAGUGAAUGCACGGGAACCUACUACAGUGUAUAAUACAACUUCUGUAUUGAUAUGGACUUCCUGUCCAUGUGAUACAGUAUGGUGAGCUGC